ACCAAGCCCAACCUUAUCUGAAGGUGGAUGUGGAUUUCUACUUGGACCAGUUACUCAUGAGAAUGCAUCUCUACUGAGUUCUCAUUUCUCCAGAGAACGAGUUCUAGCCUCAUGGAGGAAAUGCCUUUGAGCCAGUCAAGUCCUCGAGGGGCAAAGAGGUUCAGGAAGCCAUGGUUCUUAUGCAUAGUUGCUCUGUUGCUGAUGCUGUUCUGUGCCUUGGGUACACUGAUCUACACUUCACUCAAGCCAACUGCCAAAGACCUCUGCAUGGUUAAGUUUGAACUCUUAUCCUCAAAAUGGCAAAUGACAUCUCCUGAACCUCAUUGUGUGAACAUGACAUCUGAUGGGAUGCUGAAGAUACUUCAGAAAGGCGUGUAUUUAAUCUAUGGCCAAGUGAUUCCUGUGGAUAAGAGAUACUUAAGAAACAAUCCUGCUCCCUUUGUAGUACAAAUAUUAAAAAACAAUGAUGUCCUGCAAACUCUAAUGAAUGAUUUUCAAAUCUUACCUAUAGGAGGGAUCUAUGAACUACAUGCUGGAGACACCAUACAUUUGCUGUUCAACUCUAAAGACCAUAUUCAGAAAAAUAAUACAUACUGGGGGAUCAUUUUAAUGCCAGAUCUCUCAUUCAUCUCCUAGAGAUUGGGUUUGGUCUUCUUUUCUUCUUCAGUGUAUCCAGAGAUGCUAGUGGGUGGGUUGGAGGGAGUUGAUUGUUGGCAAUGUACACAGUUUGUGAGGGCUUACAAAUCAACACAAACAGAGCCUCUUGGCAUAUAAAAAUUUAACCCUCAUAUCUGUCUGAAGAGGAUUCAGUAAAUGGGCCAAAUCACUAAUGUCAGGUCUGCAAAUGGACUUGUACAAACCAUCAUAAAAGGAGUAUGGGCAACAGAAGACAGAAACUCUUCCAAUGAAUAUCUGUCUAAUCUUGAUCCCUGGGUAGAAUGAUCCUGUUUCUAUGGUAGUCUUACUUGGCUUGCAAAAAGGGUGUAGGGCAGUAGCUUGGACUUUUUUUCCAUCAUAAUUUCCUUGAGCUGUUUUACCUUAAUCCCUUCAGACUCUCACCUUCUGAGCCUCCUAGUGAAAUGUCAGACUGGUAGAGUGGCCAAGACAUGCCAACACUACCUUUCUUUAGAGGUGUUUUUAUGAAGCCUAUAGGGACAGAGGAUGAUAUAGCAUGAAAUGGAAUUGAUCUGGGAAUUUUUUUUUUUUGUCAGUCUCAGGAUGCAGGUUCAUUCUGAACUUUCCCCUAACCUUUCGUUGCUUUUGUGUGUAUAUGUGCAUAAAUGCUGUAAAUAGAAAAAUGACAGUUUACACCAAUUCUCAUCAGAUUUAACACCAGAAAUUGGUACUUCUCUGGCUGUAUUAUGCAAUGGUAGCACAUUUUUGGUUUGUGUUCUCUAACUGGCAAUUAUAACAGUUUUCCUAUACCACACUACAAUGCUAUGAUGUUAAUGGGGUAGAUUUUUUUGGGAAAAAAAUUGCACAGUGAGAACAUGGAUAGAUGAAUCCUGAGAUUCUUACCUCAACUCAGAACUCACAAUGAAUUAAGCGAGUGGGGUCUUCAUUAUGUCACUCACAUGCUCUCUGCUUUGAAACUGAUGUCUCUAUGGUCUCAUCAUACAUCUCUAAAAUGGAAUAAAUUCAACUUUGAAAUGGGUGUAUCGCCUUUACCCCAGGUGGCCAGAAUGAAGCUACAAGACAGCCAUUCUUUACCAGCAGACAUUUUCCUCGUCUUGCCUGGAGCAAGAAGAUCCAGGAUACUGUUGGAAAAGUCCAUCUCACUCAAGCAUGCUGACUUUUCAAAUAAUAAUGAACAUUUGUGUUCAAAUUUUGGACUCUGUUAAAUUUAGCCAGCUUGUGAGUUUUUGUUGAAAAGUAUUUUAAACCAAUUUAUAAUAUUUAUGGGUAUUUGUGAAAAGCUAUAUAGUGAUAUUUUAUAUAAAACUAACUUAAAAUAUUUUUAUUACAUGUAACAAAAAUACUUAAUAUAGGCUAAGCUAUUUCUUCUUAAUUUUUUUAUGAAUACUUGCUGAAUUGCCAUAGGGAACAAAGACUCUUGUGUCUGCAUAUCUUCUCAGGAAAUUAAAAUUAUAUCAUAUGUAUUUAUAAAAA